GCUGGGAUCUCUCCCAAUCAUCACCAUCACGCGUACCCUUCCAAGGCGCCUCUCUUCUACUCGCUUGACAUCGGCCCCGUGCACGUGAUCGCCAUCAACUCGUACUCGCCUUUUGUCAUCUACACGCACCAGUGGUACUGGCUGCGGGAUGACUUGUGCCGCAUCGACCGUGAGAAGACCCCGUGGGUCGUGGCUUUCAUGCACGUGCCCCUCUACAACAGCAACGACGGGCACUACCUCGAGGGCGAGCCCAUGCGGUACGAGAUUGAGGACUGGCUGCAUGAGGCAGGGGUGGACCUGGUGGCGAGUGGCCAUGUGCACGCGUAUGAGCGCAGCUACCCGGUCUACGGCAUGAAGCGGGUGGAGAAUGGGUGUGCUGCCGUGCAUGUGACUGUGGGCGACGGUGGCAACAUUGAGGAAAUCGCCGGCCCUUUUCUCGAGCCCCAGCCAUCGUACAGCGCAUACCGCGAGGAGUCCUUCGGCCACGCGGAGCUUAUUUUCAACGACAACCACACAGCCACCUACAGCUGGUUCCGCAACCACCAGGGCUCAGGGGUGUUGGCUGACUCCUUCCCCCUCCUGAAUCGCGCCAACAGCUGCGGCCCCCUCCGCCGCCCUUCCUUCUGCACGUAGGCCGUAGCUCAGCCAAGUUUCUGCAUGCGCCGAGCUUGGCCUUGGAGCUCGACUUUCAGAGGGGGGUUGGGUGUUGGCAGACACUUUCACUCCUCUCAACCGCGACAAGUCAACAGCUGCUGCUGCCCUUCCUUCUGCUCGUAGGCCGUAGCUCAGCCAAGUUUCUGCAUGCGCGGAGCACGGCGGCAUUUGAGUUGGGUUCUCGAAAGGGGGGUUGGGUAUUGACCGACUCCUUCACUCGUCUCAAUCGCGCCAACAGCUGCGGCCCCCUCGGCCGCCCCUCCCUUAGCUCCUCCUAGAUAGAAGCUAUGAGCUGUAAGUGCGUGCUCUGCUCCUCUUGGUCAUAGGUGUAAGAAGUGGUCUUAUUGUGUGCUAUAUCUAUCAACUUCUUUCGUGCUGGCUAGAGUCAUAUAUUGGCCUUGGAUGGAAGGCUGUGAUUCUGGUUGUGGCACAACUUUGUUAAAGUGUAACUCUUUGGAGAUACCGAC